AUGGUGUACUUUACGUUGACCCAGGCUCCCCGCAACCUCAAGGAGGGCAUUGAUUGGUUGAUAGCCGUGAAGGGAGACGAUGGGAUGAAGAACUUGAAGUCUUUGGGUACCGCCGUUUACGAUUUUCUUGCAGACAAACCUGUGGGUUUUACAGAGGUGCCAGCUCUCGAAGAAGUUAAACGCAUUUCCAAGGAGUUCCUUGAGCAACCGGAACUUAUGCACCAACGAUUCGUACAAGGUUUGGUCACGAGAUUCAAUAAACGUAUCGGCAAACAAUUUAUCAAAUACUUUAGGUUCGCGAUUCCUAUUAACGAAAGUGAUUAUGCAAAUGUUGUAGUGACCAGGCAUCUCUUACCUGAAAAAAUCGCCGAAAACUUGAGUAACGUUGUGACUGCUACGGACCUGUUCUUAGAUGAUAUCAAAAACCCUGACAAGUAUAAGUCAGCUUACAGUUCCGAAGCGACGUGGGAUGCGUCAUGUUCGACAAAACCGGAAGAUUGCGCUGCGAUAUUAGUGGGGAUUUCGCCGAUGUUAUUCAGCGGUCUACUAUCGCUACAGAGGGCUGGAACUGCUGCAAACCGCAAAUGGUCAAAGGCAAGAAAAGGAAAACGUUUGAGAGAAUUAUUGGGUGCCUUGGGUUACAAAGAAGAAGUCUGUCGUAAUAGUAUAAGUGGUUCGGAUGUAGUCAGCGCAUUGAGAGACGUAAAGGAACGUACAUUAGAAAUACUCUACGACCUCUGUGGAUUCUGGGCAUUCUAUUGA